UCCUGCUGUGUCAGUUGGGCGGUGUUUUCAUUUGUCAUAAUCUUGCUGUGUUAUUGUUUUUUUCAAUUGUAUCAGAACGAUUUUAUAUUGCUCUCCUGGAAAAUGUCCCAGUUGCAGGAAUGGGAAAAAGCCGGUCUGCGUGAUUUCUUUACAUUUGAUGUCCGCACUGAAGCUAUUGCAAUUGAUAUGGCUAAAUUUUUUCUAAGUCGAGUGAGCAUAACCUCACCAAAAACAUCAGCAGAUGCCAUUGAGAAAAUUUUACACUACUGUGAAUCCAUUCAAAUCAUUUUGGACAAGAAGGCCGUGACAAAGGAUAUUCUGAUUACGUAUUUGAUGCAGAGAGGAGCAACAUUCUCCCCAAACUCCACCAAACAGGCACUUAUUCAACGAAUAAUUCGUUUUUGGCAAGAUAAACCAGUUUCCUCAGGUAUUGCACAAGCCAUAGAAAUUUCACCUAGUCCUACGCAGCCGGAAAAAGUGGCAGCAGUUGCUGUUGAAGACUUCCCUGUUAAUGUUCUAUCUCGACAAUUUGCAUCAUGGUUCUUCCGGAAACUCAAUGAAACCACCCUAGCACUUGAUGAUCUCUGGCCAGAUGCAUCGUGUGCCAUAAGAUUGGUCCAAAAUGACAUGGUAUCGGAUGAGAAUGCCCAUGGUAGUGAGGCAGUCUUGGAAAAACUCAUCACUACGAGAAACAACUAUAACUUCACAUUUAACCCCAAUAUCAAUCACUCUGGAGUUCAAGGACGAAUAAAUCCCCAUGGAUUGGUCUUCGUGGUCUGCUGUGGUACCCUUCAUGUGACCAAUCGGUGGGUUGGGAUAUUUGAAAGUGCCUUUGGCCUAGUUCAAGAUCCUUCGACCGGACCCAAUAACUGGAAAUGCAAACAAGUAAAGAUUGAACUUAGAAGUACACAGCAACAGUCACUUCCUACCCUCCAGGAAUGUCAGUCUAUCAAGAAUAUCAUUGAAUUACCGCUCGAAAAUCACAUCCUUCCGGAAUAAAUUAUGUCAAAUCUACUCUCCAGUAAGGAUUCUGAAAAGAGAAAAUCAGAAAAUGUUCUAGGAAUUUUAGCUAAUUCAAAAAUUGUUAUAAAACAUACAUUUCUUAAUAAAUUAAAAAUCAAUUAAAAAA